UAUUUAGGUCAGGGUCCGUGGCUUUCGAAAGAGGAGCUAGAAAUGCACAGGGUAGUGGACCCUGGCGCUCUGCGCUCUGAAACAGACCUGGGUCUCGCGGGUGGUGGGGGGCGUGGCUGGCGCCGAAGCUGGGGCUAAAGCCGGGACUCAGGGGGCGUGUCGGGGGGCGUGGCCAGGGCGGCAGCUGGUUGGGUUGGGCGGAGCCGCCUCGCGCCGGCCGACAGGCAGAAGCCUGGCGGGAACUCGGGCGGUUCUUCUCAGUUCGCUGUCAUGUCGCUCACGCGCCACACGACGCAGCCGACGGAGCUCGGGGAGUCCGCCUCCCCCUCGCCACCUCCUGGGGACCCUGAUUCCCAGCCGCCCCGCAGUAAGCGGCUCCGACUCCAGGAGCCCGGCGUUGCGUCUGAUUUGAGUUGGAGGCUGCCUUUGGUGCCUCGCUUGUCAGAGGUGGAAAAAGUCGGGGAGUUUUCGCCCAGACCCUUCAAGGCGCUCCUUGUUCCAGCUAACGCGAAUUUUGGUAACUCCACGGCUUCGCGUGCGGAGAAAUCCGUCAGCGGGAAGCAGAGAUGUAAUCUGGGGGGCCCAAAUGGACAAUCUGGGACGAACAGUUGUCGGCAGUCCCUCCCCUCACGAAAUCCUGGUUCUUGUGGGAGGGCUUCCCGGAGGUCUUCUGAACUGGGGCUUCUGGACCGGAAACCAGGUGACCAGUCGGUGUCCAGCGUGCCCUGCAGCGAGAGCGCCGAAGCGGAGGCUGGGCAGCUUCUGCCCCGCGCCUCUGUGUACCAUGGACAUGCAGUUCCCGACGAGGAUGGAAGACAGUAUUUAGUCCAAGGGAGAGACAAUAUUCAGGACAACGGUUACAUAAAACAGGCUGAACAUCUAUUUUUGGAUGUUACUUUUUGCAAGGAAACCAAAUCAACAUCUCAUGAAAUUAACAACAGAUGUAAGGCUGACAGUGUUAUGCCAUCAAAUAAAAAGGAAAAUAACAUUUCAACAUCUACAUUUCUAAAAAUAUCAAAACCUCAAAACCAGCCCAGCGUGGCAAUGGCCAAAUCCAGCUGUUUUAGAGAUAGCAGCACAAUAAGUAUCCCUGAGUUUCCAACUGAUUUGAAUAACAAAAUGUGUUCUGUCUAUUUAAAGGAAACAGCAAAGAAAAAGAAGGACAAAAAUAAGGCAUAUGUUAGGGAUUUCACAGACAUUUACUGGUCCCAAAAUAGACCUGAUGUGAAGAAGCAAAAGGUACAGGAUGAAGAAAAAAUUGUGGAUGCAGAAGGUAUUUUUUCUUCAUAUUCUAAGAGUAACCAACAGUCACUCAGCAACCAAAAUACUUGUGUGAGAAUAAAAGACUUGAUCAGUUUAAACUGCUAUAACCGCAGUAGUAUCAAGUCUGAUGUAAGAGACUCUGAAAAUAAUUUCAUUAUAAUACUAGAAAGUGCAGAUUGGAAAGAAGUGGAAACAUGCCUGGACAGUUACGUAAAUACCAGAUUGGAAAAAUCUCAAAGCUGGGACUGUAAUAUUAGACAUAUUUUGAGAAAAAAUAGAGAAAAUUGUUGGGUUAUGGAAAAUUACAAGACUAAAUGUGAAGAUAUGAAAAAAACUGGAGAAAAAUUAACUGUGCUGCAAUUAUUAGAAGUAUUUCUUUUAAGCAAAGAAGACUAUCACAAUACAAAAGCCACGAAUUCAUAUGAAGAACAAUCAAGGCAUCUCAUGAUAGCAACAUUAGAUACCCAAAAAGCUCUAAAACAAUUAUUUUGGUUAAAUAGUAAAGGGGAAAACAUUAAUGUGCUACAGCUGAGCUAUACUGCUACACAAAAAGACUUCCAUUUAAGUGACAUUUUUGAAAGUUUCAUUAUAGAAAUUUUUUAUUUCCAUAAAAGCAUUUCAGGAAAUCAAAAAGAUAAUAGUAUUUUAACCUGGUAUGAAAAUUUGAAGUGUAAAAAGCAAAUUGAUAUUCAAAAUCUAGUAACUAGGAAUAUGAUUAUCAAUGGCAAGAAUGGUAUAUUAAGCAUAUAUUUACAAGCCAGUGUUUCAGAAUCUCCAAAUAUCAUAUUGCAAAUCAGCAAAGCUUUUUUGCUCAAUAAUUUUGACUGUUUAGCAAGAACUGAAAAUAAUUCUAAAUUAGAAGAGGGAUGCAUUUUCAAAUGGAUAGUGUAUUUGAAUUAUUCAAAAAACAUAAGGGAAAAUCAUACUGUGUAUCUAAUGAGGAUUUUAACUGCUUCAAGACUAUUAGAAGGUAACAUGAAACCUAUGUUAGAGAAAAGAAAGCUACUUAAAACUGAGCAAGUUUCUAAAGAGCCUAAGAAAAAGACCAUCAAUUCCUUCAGUAUUGCAACUAAAAGUACACAUUUUCCAAUUUUUGAGACACAUGAAAAAAUUCCUCUUUUGACAAAAGAAAUUAGUUACAAAAGUAAGAGUUGUUUUGAACAAUUCGAGAAUGUGGAACAUUGGGCUUACUGUAGUCCUAAUGCUGUGAAAACUCAUGUUAACUCUGGUCUUAAAAUGAUAGAGAACGACCAUAGACAUAUUAAUGAAAAAACUUAUGAAAUAAAUAUACACAACCAGGAUUUAGAUAUUGAAAGAAAACAUAAGCAUAAUAGGAUCAGAAGCUUUAAUUUUAAGUGCAUAUUUGAAGAUUUCUUUAAUAUUAAGCAACAAACCAUAUUGACAAACUGUGACACAAAACAUAGUGAACAAACCAAUCCCACAAUUAUAACUCAUGUGCUAAAUUUUGGGAACUUGCUAAGUGUACCUGAAGGAAAAAAACAUGACUCAAUUUUGAGAGAGGAAGUAGAAGUCACACCACAAAAUUUAACAAACAGUUGCCAAGUUCAUAAAGAUAUUAAAGUAGAAAAGGAAGAGAAAAAUAGUUUUUAUUCAAUGGAUGGCAUGUUUUCUGUGCAACUAGUUCCAUUUAUGGGUACGGAGGUAAAUGUGGAAGAAAUGAAAUAUGUUAAUCAAAAUAAUGUAGCCGACAGAAAUUGGAGUAUUUUACAACAAACUGAGUUGGCUAAUUCAAACCAUUGUCAUCCAAAGAAUGAUGCUACAGAAUGUGUUAAUCAUCAGUUUGAAACUGAUUUGAGUGUAGGGAACAAUGAACGUUUUCAGGAUUUAACUGCCAAGUGUUUAUCAACAGAAGCUCUGACAAUAGUAAGAGAUUUGGAGAUGAAGAGUAAAUUUGAUUUAGUGCUUGAAGAACUACGUAUGUUUCAUGAAAUCAGUAAGGAAAAUGAAAUUCAAAGCUCUGAGGAAACAAACAAUGGGCAAAAAACUUACUUUAAAGGAAAUAAUGAUAUUGAGGCAGUAAAAACAGAAACAAGAGAUUUGAAAAUAGCUACAGUCAACAAAAUAUGUGCAUCUUCUUCAUUCUGUGACAUAACAGCGUGUCCUAAUAUGCACAAAAGACACCAAAGUUUAUUUAAAUGGAAAACAGUAUCCAGUAUUGGAGAACAGGAAGUUCCAAAUGAAUAUUGCUGUCCAAGAAAGUCAGAGGAAGAAUUUCUCUAUUCUAUUCCUGAGGAAGAUGGUGAAAAACCUUUACCUGAAAGAUCUGCUUUUUUCUCUGAUGAUUUUAAGGAAGAAAAAUUUAACUAUUUAUUAAGGAGAGGUAGUAACUUUUCACAUGGAAUUUCAAGAGUAUUACCUCUUAAGACAUGCAGUCGGCCAAUCAGAAUUGGUUUGUCAAGAAAAGCUAAGCUUAAAAAACUCCAUCCCUAUCUGAAAUGA